AUGGACGCGCCACGAGGACCUCCCAAGGUCAAAAAUAAGGCCGCUGCGCCAAUUCAGAUUUCGGCCGAGCAGCUCUUGCGGGAAGCUGUCGACCGGCAAGAGGUUCCUAUUCAAGCGCCGACGCAGCGAUUUGCUGAUCUCGAGGAACUACACGAGUACCAAGGUCGGAAACGAAAGGAAUUUGAAGACUAUAUUCGAAGAAACCGCAUCAACAUCAACAAUUGGACGAGAUAUGCAGCAUGGGAGCUGGAGCAAAAGGAGUUUGCGCGCGCGCGCUCCAUCUUUGAGCGAGCGCUGGAUGUCAUGCCCAAUAAUGUUGCUCUCUGGAUUCGGUACAUCGAGUCCGAGAUGAAGUCGAGGAAUAUCAACCACGCGCGAAACCUACUCGACCGUGCCGUCACGAUCCUUCCGCGCGUGGACAAGCUGUGGUACAAGUAUGUGUACAUGGAGGAGAUGCUAGGCAAUAUCCCGGGCACACGGCAAGUGUUUGAGAGGUGGAUGAAGUGGCAGCCUGAUAAGGCGGCAUGGAGCGCCUUUAUCAAGCUCGAGAAGCGCUACGGUGAGUACGAUCGGGCUCGGGAUAUCUUCCGGGCCUUCACCAUGGUCCACCCUGAGCCGGAAAACUGGAUCAAGUGGACGAGGUUCGAAGAGGAGUACGGCACAAGCGAGCUCGUGCGCGAAGUAUUUGGGGAAGCUAUCGAGGCCCUCGGGGAUCAGUUUGUGUCGGAGAAGAUCUUUUUGGCCUACGCGCGGUUUGAAGCCAAGCUCAAGGAGUACGAGCGGGCGCGGGCCAUCUACAAGUAUGCGCUCGACCACCUCCCUCGCUCGCAAUCCAUGACGCUGCACAAGGCGUAUACAACGUUUGAGAAGCAAUUUGGAGACCAGGAUGGCAUCGAAGACGUGAUUCUAUCGAAGCGCAGAGUGCACUACGAGAACCAGGUCAAGGAGAACUCCAAAAACUACGAUGCCUGGAUCGACUAUGCGCGCCUGGAGGAGACGUCGGGCGACUUUGACAAGGUUCGAGAUGUCUACGAGAGGGCGGUGGCGCAGAUCCCGCCUACCCAGGAGAAGAGGCACUGGAGGCGCUACAUCUAUCUAUGGAUAUUCUACGCCAUUUGGGAGGAGGUGGAGGCCAAGGACGUUGUGCGGGCACGGGAGAUUUACAAGGUGUGCCUACAACAGGUGAUCCCGCACAAACACUUCACUUUUGCCAAAGUGUGGCUCCUCAAGGCCCACUUCGAGGUCCGCCAAGGCGACCUGACGGCGGCGCGUAAGGCACUCGGCCAAGCCAUCGGGAUGUGCCCCAAGGACCGGCUGUUUAGGGGUUAUAUCGAACUCGAGCUGAAGCUGUUUGAGUUUGUGAGGUGCCGCACGCUAUACGAGAAGCACAUCGAGUGGAACCCUGCCAACUGCCAGACAUGGAUCAAGUUUGCAGAGCUGGAACGUGGCCUGGACGACCUAGACCGCGCCAGGGCCAUCUUCGAGCUCGCAGUCAACCAGCAGGUUCUCGACAUGCCGGAGCUACUGUGGAAGGCGUACAUUGACUGCGAGGAAGAGGAAGGCGAGUACGAGCGGGCACGAGAGUUGUAUGAACGACUUCUGGAGAAGACAGACCACGUCAAGGUCUGGAUCAGCUACGCGCAUUUCGAAAUCAAUAUACCAGACGAGGAGGAAGAGGAGGAAGAGGAAGAGGAAGGCGAUGGUCGCCCCGUGAGCGAGGAGGCCAAGGCGCGGGCGCGCAAGGUGUUUGAGCGAGCUCACCGAACGAUGCGAGAUAGGGAUCUCAAGGAGGAGAGGGUGACGCUUCUCAACGCUUGGCUUUCGUUUGAGCGCAUCCAUGGGACAGAGUCCGAGGUGGAGGGAGUGCAGAAACAGAUGCCCCGCAGGGUCAAGCGGCGCAGGAAGCUCGAGGACGACACGUGGGAAGAAUAUGUGGACUAUGUAUUCCCGGCGGAUGACCAGCAGCUCAAGAGCCUGUCCAACGUCAUGGCCCUCGCAGCAAAGUGGAAGCAAAGCGGCGGGGCUGCGUCUUAG